UUAAGAAAAGCGCCUCCAAAGCGGUAGAGCGAUUCUUCAAGCUUCGCCUUUUUCCUGCCCUGCGUUCUUCCUUUGUAAGCUCGGCAUACCCGCAGUGAGCCAAAGAUACAAUCAACGAGAGUUGUUUUGAUUUAAAGAAAUGUUCAAGAAAUCAGUGGAGGCAAAAGCGCAGCAGCGAUUAUCGGGAGCAGAUCGUAAGAAGUUGAAGCGAACCAUCAAAGAACGCUUCCCGGCUGCUUCCGAUUCCGACCUCGACACUUUAAUCCCCCCUAAGGUAGAGGUAACAGUCUCAAAGCACCCAAACCGUGUCCUUAUUUACAGUUUGGAAGGUGGAUUGCCAAUUUUCUUUGAUGUUGAUAGCAGAGGCACAACCAUAUUUCCAACAGUGUAUGCAUUAUGGAAAGUUCCUCAUCUUCUACCCUCUUUCAUUCUGAAAGGGGGGAGAGCCGGGCAGCCAUGGGCAGUUAAAGUUCCUGGGAAUCCAGCUCCAAUUGCAGUUGGGUCUACCUGCAUGAGCAGCUCUGAGGCUUUAAAAGCUGGUCUCCGUGGAAAGGCUUUAAAGAUUAGUCAUCACUACCGAGAUGCCCUUUGGGAAUCAGCUGAAGGUCGAUAUGUGCCCAAUGCUGGGUUUCUGGAAGAUGUAGUGUUUGAGGAUCCCUCUCUUUCAACUACUGAUGCAAUAAGUGAUCAUGUAAAUAAUGCAGACAACCAAGAAUUAGAGGUGGCCAAUGCCAUCAUUGAUGACCUGGAUGAUUCAUCUUCAAACACAAAAAUCUCCCAACAAGUAAUCACUGAUCUUGAUAAUCUAAAGGUAACAGAAAAUGUUGAAAGUGAUAAGGGCACUGCAGCAGAAGACCAAAAUACCCUUUCGGUUGAGGACGUAGAUGCACUUUUGGACAAAUGCCUUUUGCAAGCCUUUUACACUACCAUGAAGGAUAAAGAUCUUCCUAUUGCCGGAAGUACAUUAUGGGCGAAUCAUGUCUUACCAUGUAGGCCAUCGGGAACUGUGUUGGAUAUAAAGAAAUCUUCACACAAAAAGUUAUCAAAAUGGUUACAAUCCAAGUCUACUGAAGGAUUGAUAUCAUCAAAAGAAGAUAAACAUAAAAAAGAAGUCAUGGUUUUGUCCAUUAACCGAAAGCAUCCGGUUUACACUUCUUUUAAGCCCGAAAAACAACAAGUGGAGAAAACCGAACAAACCGUUGAUCAUCCCAGUAAUGAAACCGAUCUCAACACAACAAUGGAGGUCAUAGAGAUUUACAAACCAAGUGUUCAUGUAAAUCCCAUUUUCACCUCUGUGGGGGCCGACACCCGCCAGCUGUACACCGCAUCUGAAGCAAGCGAAGUGGUGUUUGCCUACGUGGAAAAGGAAAACCUGGUCAAACCGACAAAUAAGUCGAUUGUUGUUUUGGAUGCAAUCUUAUGUGAUGCGUUGUUUAAGGGAGCUAUUAAGAAAGGAUCGACAUACCCUUCGGAAAUACACAAGAAGGAUUUGGCACCGACAUUUAUAAACAGAAUGCAAGCGCAUCACCAAGUCACGAGAGGAAAGGAAUCGGUUGUGAGAAAAGGUGGUUUGAAGGCGAUGCAGAUAAUGACGGAAAGAAGGCAAGGAAACAAGAAGGUGACAAAGCUCUCCGGAAUGGAAUCGUUUUUGAUUGAUGCCGAGCCGUUGGCAUCGGAAUUGCAGAAGAAGUUUGCUUGUAGUACUUCCGUCACCGAAAUGCCAGGGAAGAAGGGGUAUGAGGUUCUUGUUCAAGGCGGGGUGAUUGAUGUACUUGCUAGAUAUCUCGUUGAGCAAUAUGGGAUCCCAAAGAAAUAUAUUGAGGUUCUGGAUAAAACAGCAAGGAAAUGAAGAUCUUGCUCAUAAUGUAGAUGUUAUUUUGCAUAUUAUCUAUGUUUUUGACAAUGUCUAGGAUUUUAUGAAAUUUUACAUGAAUUUUCAUAAUCGCAUGAUAUACAAGUUACCGACUCAUUAUUUGCCAC